AUGAGCAAAAAAACCCCUGAACGAAAAAAUGCAAAGAGAAAGAAACAAAAGAAGCCAUACAAAGGCACCACUUCUUUUAUCGAGUUUAGAAAAUUUUUCAACGAACAGAUAAGGACAAUUGCAAGCAACAUUCCUCCAAUUGAGAUUUGUUUGAAUGGGAAGAAAGAAAUCAUAUCUCUGACAAUAAUUGAGACGCAUUCAUCUGGAUGGAUAAGUAAGAUAUGGAAUGCGCUAUCGAACGAUCACUUUAUUAGACAACAUUUUGCACAACAAGCGGAAGAAAUUAAAAAUAAGGGAAAAACGACGCAACAAACCGGAUUUUGUUUUACCAGCAAUCAAACAAUUAACAAAGAAUACAUAGACGAAUGGGCCAUACAGACUGCCAGAGAUCAGAUCAUUAAUAACCCCUUGUGCUUUGUCCCAACUCCAAUUCUCAGCUGUUUACAAAAAGAGGAAGAUAAGAAAAUGUUAAAGGAUGAUAUCAUAAGAAGGAUUAAAGCCAUUGACCCUCGUAAUCCCAUAACCUCCCUUCAUCACGAUCUUCAUCACGAGCCUCAUCACGAUUCUCUCUUUCGUUGUCGCCAUUAUCCAGAGUGUAUAAAAAAUGAUCAAUGUAUUAUAAAGACUAUGAACGAACUAUUUCUAAAAGGUUUAUACCCUUUAUAA